CCGCCGCCCCGGGAGGCUCCACUGCAGCCGGCAGCACCGGGCGAUGCCGCGCCGGCUCGGCGGGGACGCGGCCGGCCGCCGCGGGUAGCGCGCAGGGCGGUGCGCGGGGGUAGGUAGGAAGGAACCAGGCGCGACGGCACCGCCGGGACGUCGAGGGAGAGAGGCGAAAAAGAUAAGGAGAGGAGGAAGAGGCGAGAGGACGGAGCGAGGAGCUGCGGAGCGUGUCCCCCCCCCACCUCCCCGCGUAAGGACGGCGGCCCGCUCCGCUCCGCGGGCGCGUAGCGCCAUGUCGCCGCGGCGGCGGGCAGAGCCCCUGUGAGCGCGGCGGCCCCAUGUCUCCGUUUGUCGUUUAUUCCUUUUUAAUUUUGCAUUUUGAUUUUGAUUUCUCUUUGGGAAAAGCACUUUGACUCCUGACUGCUCUACCUCAGACCUGAGAAACACUCGUCACUCGCUUUUUGCCGUUGGGUUUUUGGGUUUUGUUUCCUUUUAAUUUUUUCCUUUUUUUUUCCCCUUUUGAAUCGUUUUUAAUUUUUUACGAGCGCCGAUCUUUCUGUCGUUGUCCUUUUCUCGUCCCUAUAAUUACUCUCGCUGUUGCUGUCGUGGUUGGUAGCGGCCGGGACCCUGCGGUGUGUGGAAGCGCUGGUCUCCUCGGGCAGUGGGUGGUUUCUCCUGUGUAUCCCUCCUAGGACACUCGAACGAAGAUUCUUUUAUUAAUAUUUUUUUUUUUCAUCCUCCCUUUUCUUUUCCUCCUCCUUCGCUUUUCCGAGGCUUUUAAAACAAACACAAAUUUUAAGCAAACCUCCGCCGGUGUCGUCUUGAAAAAAAACCGCAUCUUUUAAUUUCUUUUUUGCUUGACAUCUGGGAAACCGACCCCCGCUCUCAGAACUAACCAAAGACAAUGGUUCACUGUGCAGGCUGCAAAAGGCCAAUCUUGGACCGGUUUUUGUUGAAUGUACUGGACAGGGCUUGGCAUGUGAAGUGUGUUCAGUGCUGUGAAUGUAAAUGCAAUUUGACAGAGAAAUGCUUUUCGCGAGAAGGCAAGCUUUACUGCAAAAACGACUUCUUUCGGUGUUUCGGGACCAAGUGCGCGGGCUGUGCCCAGGGCAUCUCCCCCAGCGAUCUGGUCCGCAGGGCGCGGAGCAAAGUGUUCCACUUGAACUGUUUUACGUGUAUGAUGUGUAACAAGCAACUCUCCACCGGCGAGGAGCUCUACAUCAUAGACGAAAACAAGUUUGUCUGCAAAGAAGAUUACCUAAAUAACAGCAAUACUGCCAAAGAAAACAGCCUGCAUUCAGCCACCACCGGCAGUGACCCCAGCCUGUCCCCCGACUCCCAAGACCCUUCCCAGGACGACGCCAAGGACUCGGAAAGCGCCAACGUGUCCGACAAGGAGACGGGCAGCAACGAAAACGACGACCAGAACCUGGGGGCGAAGCGGCGGGGGCCCCGCACCACCAUCAAAGCCAAACAGCUAGAGACUCUGAAAGCCGCCUUCGCGGCCACCCCAAAACCCACCCGGCACAUCAGGGAGCAGCUGGCACAGGAGACCGGCCUCAACAUGCGGGUCAUCCAGGUCUGGUUCCAGAACCGGCGCUCCAAGGAGCGGCGGAUGAAGCAGCUGAGCGCGCUGGGCGCCCGGCGGCAUGCCUUCUUCCGCAGCCCGCGCAGGAUGCGGCCGCUGGUGGACCGGCUGGAGCCCGGGGAGCUCAUCCCCAACGGGCCCUUCUCCUUUUACGGAGAUUAUCAGAGCGAGUAUUACGGCCCUGGAAGCAAUUACGAUUUCUUCCCACAAGGACCUCCAUCAUCCCAAACUCAGACACCCGUGGAUCUCCCAUUCGUGCCCUCGUCGGGGCCAUCGGGCACCCCUCUGGGGGCCAUGGACCACCCCCUGCCCGGACAUCACCCCCCCAGCGAGGCCCAGCGCUUCACUGACAUCAUGUCGCAUCCCCCGGGAGACUCGCCCAGCCCCGAACCCAACCUGCCCGGGUCCUUGCACUCCAUGUCCGCGGAAGUUUUUGGCCCUAGUCCUCCGUUUUCUUCGCUAUCUGUCAACGGCGGUGCUAACUACGGCAAUCACUUGUCACACCCCCCCGAAAUGAACGAAGCGGCAGUGUGGUAGCUUUAAAACAAACUGGGUCUAAGUAAGUGAUGAUCAUCUAGUCUGCUUAUUGUUACGGUGUACAGAAAUGAAUGCAUAGAACAUCUCUCCUGCCCUGAGACAAUAUUACCUUGGGCAUGAACUGAACCCAAAUCGCUCCAAGGGAAGCUUUGUUCUAGACCAGGACAAUCUCCGCGUUAACGGUUGUAUCCAACAAGCAAAGGGACUGACUUUUUUUUGUACCACUGACAAAGGAACUGGUGAAGCUGUACAGUAAAGUGCUGCCAUACCGUAGGAUGGCGUGAGUGUGCUUACCCUGUCGGAUGUCAUCCUAAGAGCCACAAUCCUUAGGAACUUCUUGUUUUAAAACACAAAAAACCCCACAAAUUAAUAAUUGAAAGAAGGAAAAGUCAAGGAAAAAAAAGGGGGAAAAGGAAGCGUCAAGAACUCUAGCGUUCCCGGUUAAGGAUGGUUCUGGCAUUCUGAAUUUGUUUGUUAGUUUCUGUCUCUCAGAAAGUUCGCCAACAAGACACUCUCUUUAGCUCCAGCCAUUGCAGCCUGCUGACUACCAGGUGGGACAACUUUCCUUUAUUUUUUCCCCUUUCUUCCUCCUUUUUUUUUUUUUUGUGUGUGUUUUCUUUGCCAAAAUAGCAAAUACUUCAAUGUUAAAGCCCUCAGCACCAACUCUUCUACCUUCACAAAGCUACACGUACAAAACCUCCUCGGCAUAGCGAAGGUCGCCAGACCUCUAAGGCAAAAUGACUUGAAAACCAAGCAAACAAACGCAAAGUAUUCUACCUUCACAGAGAGAGAAAAGCUAAACAAAAAAAAGACUCUAUUGAACUAAAAACAGUCAACUGUUUACGUCUAAUGUUAAAUUCAGGAGUUCAGUGUUUUGCUAAUAAAGCCUGUUUUAGAACCUCUUGUUCAAAAGCAAACGAUUUUGAGCAACCAACCAAAAUAGUUCCUUUUUUCUGUUCUGUCGCUGUUCUAACAGAUCGCAGGGCUUGUGGUUCACUGUGCUAGUUUGUAAAAGGUGUUGUUUACAGAAGGCAAAGAAAAAACCCCACCAAACCCAGACAGUUGCCAAAUAAAGUGAAUCUAUAGCACAAAUACUGUAAGGUGCUUGGCACCAGCAACCCGAGAAGGUGUUUAAGAAGUGUUACAAGGUUUCAAAGAGAAAAAGACAAAAAAAAAAAACCCGACAUCUUUGCUAAUUUUUAGUCCUGUUGAACAUUCAUGGAGUUGUUAAUAUGACUUAUAUAGACCCACACAGGUUUUAUUUUUGUGUCUUUAAAAUAAAAGUCCAAAAUAUUUAAAUUUUAUGGUCAAAUAUGCAGUCAACAGCUGCUACUUUUUUCCUUUAUAUAUUAAAUUUCUCAUAUGUCUUUUAUUGUUCGAAUAAACCUAAGCUUGUGUGACCUCCAGUGCAUAUUAGACCAUUCACUGUAUGAAAGAAAACAUGUUGGAUAAAAUUUGUGCGUUUUUAAUAAAAUUAGAAAAUCUUAUGUUUAGAUAACUUGUGUUUCAUUUGAUGUUCGAAGCAAUUUAAAAGGGAUUCUCUCGAGUUAAAGAGCCCUGAGAAGCCUGAUCCACUCCACUGAUAAUCCUGUAGAGCUCUUUUGCCUUGGUGGAAGCCUAAGCCCUGGCGUCGGCGCGCAUCGCCCUCAGCGGCAGCUCCAGCCUCUCCUUCUAUCUCAGGCUCAGUUGCUGGAGCACAAACCCCACGUUAACGCCGUGCAUGCAAUUCCCCAGCUGGAAACCAAUCAGGUUGUGAAAUCUAUUCACUUCUCCUUCGGAAACAGAUUCCAAAUGCUUAUUUUAUGCAUAAACAAAACUGUAUUGUCAAUGUAAAAAGCGUGCCAAAAUGUGAGUUUUAAUGGAUGCAUUUUUAGUUCGAUUAAUUCUCCAAAGGUAAUUUUUCUUUUUUUUUUUUUUUCCUUUUUCUUUUGUUUUCCUGAUUGGAUGCUUUUGAACCUCAAUGGCAUGAAAGUCAUUUUAAUCCUUUUUUCUUAGAGCUGGUACAAAGUCAAUUAUUUGAUAGCAUUUGGUGUGUCUGAAGUUCUGCAAGGGGCAGCGAGGGAGAAUGUUUGGCUUUGCACUAGAUACAGGGAGAAAAAUGAAGCGAAACAAAAAAAUCCCGGAGCCUUGUGAAAUAACAGAUGUAACGUUUUCAUUCUAAAUCAUUGCAGAAUCCCAAAUGCUCAGUUCUUCAAAAGGAAAACUCACUGAUUCCAAGAGGACUUGGACUUGCGUUAGACACAAAGGAGCAGGUUCGGUUCUGGAAGGUCACUGCUUUAAAUGUUUUCCACCUGCUGAGCUGCUAGAACAGGGUGAGCUCUAAUUGCAGAUUUCCCUCCGUCUCUCAGCUAAUAGUGACUGUGGCUUCUCUUUUAUUUUACAUAAACACAGAAAUUGAUGCUAAAACAGCAACUUUUCCCUUCCCAGCUAUUCAGUUCUUUAUCUCUUUGGACUGGGGGGGGAGGGGGGGAUAUCAAAAUGCUUUAAAGUUGUACAAUUUGUAAUUUUCAAUGGUGGUUUUUAUUUUGUUCACAGCCUGAUUUCUGUGCCCUAGCAGAGGGGCCACUGAGAUGAAGCAAUAGUUCACUUUAAACACAAAAUGUCUUAUUUAGUAAUAUAAAGGUAAAAAUACCCCCCUAUCUGCAAGGGGUCUGUAAGUGUUUCUAUAAAAAUAAUUCAUGCUUUAUUAAAUACAGGGGAGACUUCUUAAA